AUGGGGAUAAAACUUUUAAGGAAGGCUAAUGCACAAAACAUGCCCACCAGCAGGCCGGGCAGGCCGCGGCCACCACACGCGCCUCGGCCGCCCCUCUCGGGCCGGUGGCCCCGCCGGCGCUGCCGCCCCCGGGCCGCCCAGCGGAGAGGCCGCCCCCGCGCCCCGCCCGCGCUCCCGGAGCGGCGGCUCCCAGCGCCACCCCGCCGGCCGCUCCUCUCAGCCGCUCCCGAGCCAGACGCCUGUCCCUGUUUUCUCUUCCCGCUUUUGAAGAGAAGCUGCCGAGUCAGCGUACGCUGCGGUGAAGUUCUACAAGAUGCAGCCCUCAGGAACCGGUUGACCGGUGGGUCUGUGACCUCGCGGGAAGCCCAGGCUGCUGCACAGAGCUCGUUGGGAGCGGGAGCUGCGGAGGUGGGGGGCCUCGACGAGCCAGAGCUGCGGCAGACGGAGGGGGCGCGCGCGCUGCCCGGGGGCCGCGUCAGGCGGAGCCGAAGAGACCUGUUGCGGCAACAAGCGGGAGCCGCACUUUCCCUGGGGAGCCAGCGUGGCCUUCUCCGCGCCGUGAAGAAAAUCCUGCGUGGUCGAUUCCGCUCGCCGCUCGGGAGAUGCCGCGUCUGGGGCCGUGGACUGGGGAAGAACGUUUGCGAGUUGGAGGGCGCUACAAGAUAUUCCGCGGGGAAGCCGGAGAAGAGGCAAAUUGGCUGCCAGUGGAGUUGCGUUCCGUGCAGUCUUCGGUUUGGGACGUUCAGCUUGUCCUUCCAGAGAAGGAGCAGUCAUUGUGGUUUCCCCGCGGCUGCCUGGUGUUUGGGAGCUCGGAGCGGGCAUUUUUUUUCCCCCAAGGAGAGGCUGUGCUUGAAACAGAACUUGCUUAAAGAAGACAGACGAGGCGGUGUAAAUGGACGGCAUGUUUUCCUGUGGUUCAAUCCCCGUUCUGUUCCGUGGAGCCUUCAGUUUAGGAUGUUCAGAGAAGUGCAAGUCCGUGUGCAUAAGACAGACAAAAACCCCAGCCAGCCUAGUCAAGUUCUGAGCGUGCGUCUGUCAGGCGGCUGCUUUACGUUGAGGAGCGCACGGCCGUGCAAUGGUAAGGGCGAAGGGCAAGGCAAGACAGAAGGGUUUUUCCUGCUGCGGGUGACCAGCCGCCCCCCAUUUCCGCGUGAAGCAGAGGAGCGCGGUUCGUUGUCGCCUUUUAAACGCGGCGGCGGCGGCGGCAAGCCGCGCGGCCGAAGGGAGCGGGGGGGGGGGUCCCGGCAGGGCGGCGAGCCGGCGGGUGAGGAUGCAGAGCGGGCCAAUCAGAUGGCGCGGGAGGGCUGGAGGGCUGGAGGAACGGAGCGCUGGUUGGCUGCCUAGGCACGUCAGUUGCCAUUCUGUCUGCCUAUCAGAUUGCCGGAGGGGCGGGCGUUGACGACUCCGUACUGCGCAUGCCCCAAAGAGCGAGCGCCGAUAGGCGGAGAGAUGUUGAUUGGCGUGCCACCAGCAGCCAAUGAUGUUGCCGAAGAGGCGGGCGUUGCGGUGUCCCUACUGCGCAUGCCCCACUGGCGAGCGCUGAUAGGCGGCGAGAGAGGUGAUUGACGUGUCCCGGGGAGCCAACCGGGUUGAAGAAAAGGGGCGGGUGCAGCGGUCUCCCUAGUGCGCAUGCCCAAUCCGCGAGCGCUGAUAGGCGGCGAGAGAGGUGAUUGACGUGUCCCCGGGAGCCAACCGGGAUGCGGCAAGGGGCGGGAGCUGCAGUCUCCCUAGUGCGCAUGCCCAAAGCGCAAGCGCUGAUAGGUCCGCGGUGUCUCGGUGCCGGGGCCGGGGGGGGGAGACCGGGAGCGAACGGGAACGGGGGUCGGGGCGGCUGCGGAGCGCUCGCUGCGGCCGGCGCCCGGGCAUCGGGAGGCGGGCGGCUCAGGGCCGCCCUUCGUGAGGUUCCCCGGAGGCGGCAGGAGGGCGGAGGGGAAGGAGGCGACAGCCGGGGACCUCCCGCCGCGGGCGUCUCCGGGGCGCGGCGGCUGUCGGUGCCCGCGGAGCCCGGCGGGACGGCGGGGGAGCGCGAGGGGAACGGAGCGGCGAAAGAGGCGGCAGUGGAUCCGUCUGGCAGUCGGUGGCCCGCGGUUGCUCGGCAACAGCAGAAGCGGAUUGAAGGGACCGGCCGCUGGAGGAUGCCGAAGCCUCCCGGGUCAGCGAUGGGAGCAGCUUUGCGUAAAGCGAGGGGUACGUGAAGCCGGGCAUGCGGUGCCGACCGCCCAGCAGGUAAGGGAAGCUAAAGCUUUACCUCCAGGGACUUCUGCCCAGAAAGCUGAAGAAAUUGCUCUCGCGUGAGCUUUAGAGUUAGGCAAAGAGAAGAAGAUUAAUAGCUGCACUGAUUCUAAGCAGGUUUCUUGAACGGUGCACGCCCUUGAAGGCAUUUGAAAAGAAUAAAGUGUAUUAACGGCACAAGGGAGGCAGAUUAAACGUGAUGCUCCAGUUGCUGGAAGCUGUGCUGUUGCUAGAAGAGUUGCCGCCAUGCGUUGCAACGGGCCUCAGAAGGGAAACGCUGAUCAGGAAACUGGAAAUAAAUUGGCAGGUGCCGCUGUAAAACCAGCCACCGAAAGGACAGAGAUGGGGGCUUUCAGCCCCAAAAUGCCUGAACAAUCAUUGGUGGGGUGUUUAGUGGUACUGUGGGGAGGAGAAAUUUCUCCCUGUCCGUUGCAGAGAAAACAGAACAAUCCCACAUCAAAGCUGUCCUAGAGAAGUACUUGCUGUUUGUCAUUCCGGUUCUAGAGCAGCCCGAUGUGCUGUUAAAGGUUGUGGUGGUGCGGGUCAGGGAUUCCCAGGCUGUGCCGAGACCGCAGGACGGCUGCUGGUGGAACAAAGUCAAGGACAACUUCUCAGAGACUUAUUUAUUACUGUUGUGAGAGUCCGAGAGAAAAUGAGGAGUGUCUGUGACUUACAACUGUCGUUGUUGAUCUACAGUGUUUUAGAGACGGAUUCUUGCAGGAUCUAUUUCUGGUUCGUCCUUCACUCCUCCCCAGACCGCAGCGCUGGUCCGAGUUCCCCAGCACACGUGUGUGUGUCCAGCCGGGUACGCUGGGGGAGCGCGUCAGGGCGGGCAGACGGCUGAAUGGACGCGCUGUCAGCGACUGCGGAACGAGCUGGGGCUGCUUUGACCGUGUCCAGCCUUGUGCGUGUGGUUUGUUUUCACUUGCAGGCUGAAACAGCAGUUUCCUUAAUUAAAAACACCCCAACAUGUCCCCCGGCCCCCAACAAAAAUAAUGCCAAAAAUGCCACUGAAAGAAACACAGGGAGUUUUUAAAAAAUUUCCUUUAGCUUUCUCCCCCCUCCACCCCUACCCUGCUGCGUUCAGUGCAGUGAAUGACCGUGAGGAGAUGGCUGUGGAUCUGGCUGUUGAAGGGUGUGUGAAGGAGAAGGAGGUGUGUGUAGAGCAGGAUUGGUGGUGGAGGUGAGUGCAGCUGGUUCGGGUGUGGGGCUGUAAAUUCUUUUUGGAGGCUUCCUAGUUUCUGGUGUCACCUGCGGGGUGAAGUGUGACUGUGCAGGUUUGAAAGGUGCAACGUGCAGAGCUCCCUCAUUUGCCACCAGAUCUCCCAAUCACAGAGACAGCGUCGCUGUGCAGCUGCUAAGGACAGCGCGUCUCGUGCAGAACAGCAUCCUUUGUGCUCCGUGUGCGUGUUCCUCCUUUGAAAUGAAGUUGGGCCGCCCGGUGUUCCACGUUACGUGUGGUACCUGCUGGGCUGAGUCUCCUCCCCGCGCUCCGGUCGGUUCCGUCGCGCUGCCGCAGCCCCGGCAGCACCGCGGCGUUCGCUGGACGCGUUGUUGGCGGAGCCGGCACCGACAAUCUUGACACGUCGAGGCGCUGCGGUGGGUUUGCCUGGAAAUUCCAAGGUCCUGGUGUUUUAUUACUUGAACUACUUACUUACUGUAAGACGUUUAGAAUUAAAACUUAAAUAAGAGCAA